AUGAACCUUCUAAAUGGCCUGCCUUUAAUGUCUGAAGAGGCACAGUCUUGGAUUCAAUCCCUGGCCGGUGAAAGAGUGUCAGAUGAAACACUCCGAGCUCUACAACUUCCGUGGCAAAACCGUAACCAAAAGCUUGAAAGUGAUGGGACAUCCUACACAUGUUCUGAGCUUCCAAACCGGCUGUUGGUUGAGCAGUACGCUUCGAAAUAUUGUUCAUCGUUCGAAUGUCUUGUGUUUCCCGUGGUUAAGGCGCAAGUCCCUCGGAUUCUGCAUGAGAGCACCGCCGAAGGACUACAGGCUUUGGUUAUACUGAUUCAAUAUCACUACUUUAUUGGCGAUUUGCCUUCCGCUGAAGCCCUUGUUGCAGCUGCCAGUCGUCUCGUCUACGCUCUUGAGGCGCAUAUUCAACCAGGACCGCCCGUUUAUCGCAAGAGUAUUCCUGAAUGCCAUCUACGGGAUCUUUUCUGGUUAUGCUACUCUUUCGACAGGGAUAUGGCAUUAAGAACGGGCCAUCCGCCCACGAUCAACGAUGAACAUUGCGAUUUGACACUACCAAUGGGUUAUGAAGAACGACAAAACUCUAACAUCCUGAGCGAUGACAUUGAGAUCAACGAAUCCACUCUUCCUUUAUAUCCCUGGGACCCCCGGCUUUCUAGGAUCAAGUACUCCACCUACAAUGGUCUCUACUCUGUCCGCGCCCGUCGCAAAUCACAACCCGAGAUACUAGAGUAUAUCCGAGCUCUUGACGAAGCUCUAGAGCAAUGGAGGCAAUCUUUACAUCCCGAUUUCCGACCAACGUUGAGUUUCUCACCCGAGACGCCCAUCAACGCCAGAAUUAAUACGCAAGCCGUCAUGCUUCGUCUUGCAUACUAUCAUUGCGUCGCCAUGAUUCACCGAGCCGUCGUCCACUGCAGGGAGCUGCCGGAAAGUCCGCACAGCCGGUCGGGGCGCGUCGAGUCAAGUAUCAGUCUGUGCGUUGAUGCCAGCAGAUCUACAUUGACGUAUUUACGCAAGGCACUGCCCGUUGUGGAAGAUGAGUGUUUCUGGGUUGUUCUUUUCUAUCCCAUCACAGCGAUCAUGGUCAUGUUUUCAAGCGUGCUCGAAGACCCACUGAACAGUUCCAUAACGCAUGACCUAGAUAUCCUAGGCGAGGUCCCAGCAUUGAUCCGGCAGACUCCUAUCCGCGAAUUCACCAUCGCCGAGAUGAUUCACCUAGAGUCUCUAGCUGAUUUGACGGCCGAGUUAGCAAAGCUAGGGAGACUUGCUCAGGACAAAGCUUGCUCGAGCAUGGAAAGCUUGAACUAA